AUGGACCAGCUGAGAGCUCAGCUGGAUACGGCUCAAGGACCUCGUCAACGUCACUCACGAAACUUGAGAACAUCUUGGAUGACAAUGGCGAGGGAACGAAACGAGUGGAAGAGAUGCUGGGGCCCGCACGUCGGCGGAUACCGUAUAUCAUUCCAGAAGGAAUUUGGAGGACGUGUGCUGGUUACUCAUCUUGGCAAGAUGAUGCGCCCUCCGAUUAUUCUGCUUAAAGAAGGAACUGAGAAUAAGCAAGGGAAGCAGCAGAUCAUUUCUAACAUCAAUGCUUGCCAGGUGGUUGCUGACAGCAUUCGCACUACAUUGGGUCCUCGUGGCUUGGAUAAGUUGAUUGUUGACAGCAAAGGGAAAACAACUAUUUCCAAUGAUGGUGCUACCAUAUUGAAGCUCCUGGAUAUUGUUUUCCCUGCCGCGAAUGUUAUGGUCGAUAUCGCGAAGUCACAAGAUGCCGAAGUUGGAGAUGGAACUACAUCGGUGGUUGUGCUAGCUGCUGAGAUUCUGAAACGUAUGAAGCCUUUUAUUGAAGAUGGUGUUCACCCACAACUACUCAUCCGUGCUAUAAGUAAAGCUAGCGAAGAGGCUCUGAAGUAUCUUUCUGAAUUAGCUAUCAAAAUUGAAGGCGAAAAGGAGUUGAGAGAAAUGCUCGUCAAGUGUGCGAUGACCACGUUGAGCAGCAAACUUGUUAGCCAAGAACGCCAGUUCUUUGCGGAAAUGGUGGUAGAUGCUGUUAACACUCUUGACGAGUCUUUGCCGCUAAAUAUGAUAGGAAUUAAGAAAGUUAAUGGUGGUAAUUUAAACGAAUCUCGUCUUGUAAAGGGUGUAGCCUUCCAGAAGGCAUUCAGCUAUGCUGGAUUUGAAAUGCAACCCAAACAUUAUGCUCAUCCUCUUGUUGCGUUGCUUAAUAUUGAGCUGGAGUUGAAAGCCGAGAAAGACAAUGCAGAAAUGCGCCUGACUACUGUGGAAGACUUCCAAGCGGUUGUUGAUGCCGAGUGGAACAUUCUCUACGAUAAACUGCAAAAGAUCCACGAUAGCGGUGCAAAGGUUGUAUUAUCUAAAUUGCCGAUUGGAGAUGUUGCUACUCAAUGGUUUGCCGACAGAGAUAUGUUCUGCGCUGGUCGUAUCCCUCAGGAAGAUUUGGAUCGUGUAAUGGCAGCAUGUGGUGGUUCCAUCCUCACUACUGUUUCGCAGAUAGACAAUUCUGUCUUGGGAAAGUGUGGCAAGUUCUACGAACAGCAAGUAGGCAGCGAAAGGUACAACUUUUUCGAGGAGUGUGCUCGUGCUCAUGCCUGCACGCUUCUUCUUCGUGGUGGCGCGGAACAGUUUAUUGCUGAAACAGAACGUUCCCUUCAUGAUGCAAUUAUGAUCGUUCGUCGUGCUAAGAAAAAUGACUCGAUUGUUGCCGGCGGUGGCGCAAUUGAGAUGGAGUUAUCGCGCCAUUUGCGUGCAAAGGCGAAAACAAUCGCUGGGAAAGAGCAGUUUUUCUGGAAUGCUUUUGCUCGUAGUUUUGAGAUCAUCCCGCAGCAAUUGUGUUACAAUGCUGGUAUUGAUGCUGUUGAUAUUUUGAACAAGCUGCGUCACCGACAUUCUGUUGGUGAAAUCUGGGCAGGAAUUGAUAUCCACAAAGAGGAAGUAGGUGACAAUCUUGCCGCAUGCAUUUGGGAACCGAGUUUAGUCAAGAAGAAUGCUAUUAUUGCUGCAACAGAAGCCGUAUGCCUUGUCCUGUCGAUCGAUCAGACAGUGAAAAACGUGCGGACCCCGUCAGGUGGACAAAUGCCAGGACUGCCAGGAAUGCAAUAA